GAGAGAGAGAGAGAGAGUUCCCACAUGGUUCGCCAGCAAUCCAUUUAUUUCGAUCAGGCUUGCAGUCGCCAACACUUUCCAUGAUAAAUACGUAAAGUACCACCAGUGUUUGUGGUUUGGACGCAUGACGUGUGUAUGGGGGAGAAAGGUUGCGUGGUGGGAUAGCCGGCAUCAGCAGGGUUCAGCCAGUUCGACCAGCGACCACUGCCGCGCAGGUGUCAGUCAGUCGUGAACGUGAUCCGUGACGGGAGCAGCAGAAGAGCCUUCAGCUACGCUAGAGUACGUAGCAACCAUGGCACCUAUGAAGAUCAUGGUGAUGGCGGUGGGGGUGAUGGUGAUGGUGGUUGUGAUGGUGCAAGGGGAGAUGACCAGUGCCUUCCUUCAUCAUUCACUCGGGCGUCGUUUCUUCAUCGCCUUCAUCACCACUCACAAGAUUCCGAGUGUGAAUAUCUUCGUGCCCCGUGAAUCCAGAGAGAGGAGCGUGCCCGUGGAGGUGGUGCGGGAGGUGUCUGCGGCGGGUGGGUGCAGCGUGGCGGUGGUGGAUGUGACCUCUCCCUUCCAAGUAGCGGCCACACUGAAUAGGGACAGUGCUAGGACGCUCAACGUGGCGCUGCUUGACACUCUGCAGCAGAUCACCAUGUUUGUAGAGGUGAGCGAGGCGUCCUUGCUGAGUGAGCGGUCAUGGUUGGUGUUGGGUGACCUACAGGCCCUGGACGGGGCGGAGAGGCGACCCAUACUGGCUAUCGACAACCUGGUUACUUUUGCCUCGUUAGAAGACUCCACCACCAACACCACCAACUUCAACGUCACCACCGCCAGCAAAGUGAUCGUACAGGAGGCGUUCUCGGUGGUGGAUGACGCGCCCCUCAAGGUGGAGAGGUUGGGGGUGUGGCUGGGUGGCAGGGGACGAGUGCCUGAGGCCAAGGAACACUGGAGCGACAGACGGACAAACCUGACAGGACUCCACCUUAGAUGUGCCACUAUGCCGGUAAGAAGUGGUGGAUGCAGUAGUAGCAUUGGUGAUGGUGGUGGUAGCGGCAGUAGUAAUAAAAAUAUAGAAUAAUGAAAGUUGUGGGAAGCCAUCAGAUCUGUACGUGGUAGCCUCUGUAGUAGUAGUAGUAGUAAUAGCAGUAGUAGGAGUAGUAGUAGUAGUAGUAG